GCUUUUCUCUUUCUUCUUUUUCUUUCUUCGGUUUUCUAGAGCCAUACUACUCUGUUUCCUCGGUUUUGCCCCUUCUCUCUCUAGACUAUACGCCGGAAACUUCUCGUUUUCGCCGGACACUGCCUGUUCUCCGGCGAACUGAUUUUUUGGAUAGUGUCCCGUGUCCAUUGUAUCUCCUGCUUGCUGUUUAGGACUUGGCGCACUCGCUCGGCACAGAGUUCGUUGAUUGCGCCGGCAAAUCGUCUGAUCUCUGAUUUCGGCGCACUUCGCGCCGUUCCGAGAUAAUGUGGUGAUUAUAAGACCUUUUCGAGGCUUUUCUCGUGGUAGAUCGUGGUCUAGACCGAGUAUUGUGGCUUUUUAUCUUUUGCAUUUUUUGCGGUUUUUCAGCGAACUGCGAUCCUAGAGGAAGACGAGUAUUGAAUUGCUUCGGAAUGAGAUGGUGGAAAGAAAAGUUCGCAUGUCAAGAGAGGCUAAGUUAGAAUUCUUGAAGCGCAAGAAGCUUCAGCGUUUGAAUCUAGAAGCUGUGGGUGAUAUCCCAUGUGUCAACCACAUGAUGAAUAGAAGUGGAGGCGACGCUCUAAGACCAACUGCAGCUUGUGGUGUGAGAGUCCUUGGUAAUUUGGACAAUGAUGUUUCAUUGAAUGGAAGAGAUGUUUUCUGUAAGCAUAGGGUGCAAAAGUUUGAGGCACCGGAUCUUGAUUGGAUUGACAAAAUCCCAGAGUGUCCAGUGUAUUAUCCAAACAAAGAAGAGUUUCAGGAUCCUUUGGUUUAUCUGCAAAAGAUUGCUCCAGAAGCUUCCAAAUAUGGUAUAUGCAAGAUAGUCUCUCCCGUCACUGCUUCUGUUCCUGCUGGUGUAGUUUUAGUGAAUGAGAAAGCGGGGUUCAAAUUUACUACUAGAGUGCAACCUUUUCGUUUAGCAGAAUGGGAUAUGGAGGACAAGUUCACCUUUUUUAUGAGUGGAAGAAACUACACAUUUCGUGAUUUUGAGAAAAUGGCGAACAAGUUUUUUUCUCAAAGAUAUUAUAGUACUGGAUGCCUCCCUCCUGCCUACUUGGAAAAAGAAUUCUGGCAUGAAAUAGCUUGUGGAAAGACUGAGAGUGUUGAAUAUGCAUGUGAUGUUGAUGGCAGUGCCUUUUCAUCUUCUCCCAGUGAUGAGCUUGCCAAAAGUAAAUGGAACAUGAAGGGAUUUUCUCGGCUGACCGAAUCCAUAUUGCGACUUCUUGAAACAACAAUCCCCGGUGUUACUGAACCAAUGCUUUAUAUUGGAAUGCUAUUUAGUAUGUUUGCUUGGCACGUGGAAGACCAUUACUUGUAUAGUAUAAAUUACCACCACUGUGGGGCAGCAAAAACAUGGUAUGGAGUUCCUGGUCAUGCAGCUGUUGAUUUUGAGAAAGUUGUUAGAGAGCAUGUUUACACUAAUUGCAUCUUAUCAGCUGAUGGAGAAGAUGGUGCUUUCGAUGUUCUUUUGGGAAAGACAACAAUAUUUCCUCCAAAUAUUUUGUUGGAACACGAUGUUCCAGUGUAUAAAGCAGUUCAAAGGCCUGGAGAAUUUGUUAUCACUUUUCCUAGGGCCUAUCAUGCUGGGUUUAGUCACGGCUUUAACUGUGGCGAGGCGGUGAAUUUUGCAACUGCCGAUUGGUUUCCAAUGGGUUUAGUUGCUUGUCGGCGAUAUGCUCUCCUAGGAAGAGUGCCGAUCCUUCCACAUGAAGAACUUCUCUGCAAGGAAGCAGUGCUUCUUUCUAACAGCUCAGACCUGGGAAAUGCUGAUGUUCAUUCCUUGGAAGACUUUAAAUCACACAAUAGUGUGAAGGUUUCAUUCGUAAAAUUAAUGCGGUUUCUCCACCGCGCACGGUGGGCCCUCAUGAAGUCAAAAGUGUGUUCAGGAACUUCAUUGGUUUCUCAUGGCACCAUUCUUUGCAGCAUAUGUAAACGUGAUUGUUAUUUAGCAUAUAUUAGCUGCAAAUGCUGCUGGCAUGUGGUGUGCCUCAGACACGAUCCUAGUUCAAUUGAACUGCCAUGUGGCAGCAGUAGAAUUCUCUGUGUAAGGGAAGAUAUUGCAGAGAAGGAAGAAGUGGCUAAGAAGUUUGAGGAGGAAGGUGCUGUAAUGCACGAAGUUCAAAACCUUAACAAAAUUGAUGAUGAUUUUUAUGAACUUCCAAAUUUGAACCAUCAACAUGAGGACAGUUUCUACUUGCCUUAUUGCGAUCUGAACCUAGAACUGACAGAGGAAACAGAGAUUGCUAAAGAAGUGACAAUUCAUGAUCCUCACAGUUCUAGUUCAGAGGAAAAUCAACAGGUGCAUGAAAAUACAGACUCAGGAAGAAGUUUCACUAAAAACCCUGCAAAAGAAUCUUGUUCUGAUGGCGAUUCCGAGUCGGGAACAUUCCGCGUGAAAAGACGGUCCAAGGUGGAGCAGAAACGCUGCAACCCUAGUUCUUCUAAUGUGUACGAGAGUUCGAAGAAACACCAGCCCGAUAGAUAUGACAGGGAAGCCCAACAGUAUGCUCAGGGAAAUGAAUAUGGUAGAGGAGGUGAUGCUGCGGCGAAAAAGAAGGCCAAGGUGACGAAUGAAAGAGUGGAGCAGAAGAAGAGCAAGAUGAAUGGUGGGAGGGUGAGGUUGAAAGUCAGAGUAGGUCCGGCAACUUUAUGAUGAUUCGAAGAAAGGUGGGUAUAUCUGACCUGGCUAACCAACACAACAGACGUGGCGUUCAUUCCUUCUCAAAAUUUGGAUUAUCUAACAAACAGUAUAGUUAGUUACUUCUUCUCAUCAAUCAUCCCGGAAGGAGCGCGGCAACAAACAGUAGAGGUUAAAAGUAGGUGCAUUCUUUGUGCAGGAUGACUGUCUGGCGGGCCACCAAAUUGGGCCGUUGGCUUGAAAGUCUUGCCCUGUAAUUUAUACGUACUUGAGUUAGCCACCAGCUAUUUGAUUUGAUGUUCAAAUUAAAGCGCAUUAUUAUUCUGUUAUAAAAAAUGUCUAACACUUCUUACUUCGCAUUUCUUUUCUUACAUCAAUGCCAAAUGUCCCCACCUUUUCAUCCAGUCAAACUUCCACCCUAACUUUUAGCAUAUGUCGUGGAACAGUUGCCACGAGAUCUUUGACUUUGAUUCCGC